GAAUACAAAUCAGAAUAAUUUUUCAGAUGAUAUUAGAUCCCAGGAGACAAUCUGCAGUAUAAGAAUUGAUUUAUUAGAUGAUAAACUAGAUCUAGGUGAAAGUAAUGAAAAUCAGAAUCCUGCCAGGAAUGUACCACCUGGUUUUGAAAACAAAGUACACGAAAUGGAGAAAAGUCAGGGUGAAACCAAAAUAGUAUCCACUAAAACAGAGUUUAAUAUCUCUUCCACUGAAGAUGUUGUGCAGGAAAAUCUUCCAAGUGAUAGAGAUACAGAAAGAAAUUUGAAUUCAAUUCCAAUCCAAACCGCAGAACAUUUUGAAACCAAAAUUAAUGAUUCCCAAGAGCAAGUGGGAGUGACCUCAUCACAAAUAAACACUGAAGAUAUAGAGGAUGGACAAGAUGUUAUGAAGAAACCUUCCUCAGAAGAAUUGGCAAGUUCGGCCAAGGUUAUUGGGGAAAGUGAUAUACCUGAUAAUGCCUCAGUUAAUGAAGGUCUACUUAAAGCUGUUACAACACAACUCAUUCAAGAUUAUCCUGAUCUAGUAUCUAAUUUAACGUAUCUACAGGCCUUGGCUGUCAAUCAAACAUUAUUAUUGCAGUCAUUUAUUAACAGUGGCAAUGAAGAUACUAGUAGUCAGCCAGUAAACACUAUCUACCCAGGUCAGAAACCACCUCAAACUGAUCAGCCAACAAUAAACCCUAGUCAGCAGCCAGUUACAGCUAAUCAGUCAACAAUAAACCAAGAUCAACAAACAAUAAACCCUAAACAGCAACCAGCUAAUCAGGCAACAAUAAACCAAGGUCAGUCAACAAACCCUAGUCAGCAACCGCUUCACAUUAAUCAGCCAAAAAGUCAGCAACCAGUUAAUCAGCCCACAAUAAACCAAAGUCAGCAACUGGUUCAACAAGGUCAGCAACCGGUUCAAGCUAAUCAGUCCACAAUAAACCAAGGUCAGCAACUGGUUCAACAAGUUCAGCCACCAGUUAAAACUAAUCAGCCAACAUUAUAUCCUAGUCAGCAACCAGUUCCAGCUGAUCAGCCAACAACAAUUCCUAGUCAGCAACCAAUUGCAGCUAAUCAUUCAACAAGAAAUCAAGAUCAGCAACCAGUUCCAGCUAAACGUUCAACAAGAAAUCAAGAUCAGCAACCGCUUUACACUAAUGAGGAACAAAACCCAAAUAUGCAGGUACUGCCACAAUCAAAACCGGAUUCAAGAAAGGCCAGAGAAACUCGACCAGUUCCAGCUAAACGUUCAACAAGAAAUCAAGAUCAGCAACCGCUUCACACUAAUGAGGAACAAAACCCAAAUAUGCAGGCACUGCCACAAUCAAAACCUGAUUCAAGAAAGGCUGGAGAAACUCGACCACCUUUUGCUCAGGAUCUUGUAACUCAGCCCGAUGUACAUAUAAAAGCAUCACAUCCGCUUUGUAAUUCAGAUCAGAAUGUUAACACUGUGCCUGAACCUAAAUCAGAAAUUUUAGGGCCUACAUCCAAGCCACCUGUGAACCUGUUACAAGAUCCUAAUCAGCCACCUGCUCAGCAGUAUUCAUCUGUGCUUCAAACUCCGCAUUAUUCUACAUCUCAUCAAUCAAGUAUCCAGAAAACGACUUCUCCAACAACUAACACUCAGCUUUCUAAUUCUAUGCUGCCAACACAUCAGAAAGCUAGCUCGCUGCAAUCCAGUCCUCAGCAGUCUAUAACACCUCCAAAACCAGCAUUUUUUCUUCCAUGCCCUAAUCAUUUUUCUGGGCUACCAACACCAGAAAAACCUUACCUCCUAUCACCUACCUGUCUGCUACCAACACCUCAGCAACCCGGAUAUAUAAGUCCAAAUGUUUUACAAAAUGCCUUUUAUUCUCCAAGGUUGAAUAACCCAUCCAUGAUUUCAGCUGGUCUGAGACAACCUCAGAUGACCACUCUACCUGAUGCUUCCUAUCAAUGUCCAUCACCAAGACAGGUUACAUCCAAUACUGGCAUCAGAUUCCCUGUUAGAGCACCAUUGUCUUCAUCAGAUACCAAUAUUGGUACAAGUUUACAUCUUCAGUAUCCAAUGAAGGCUGUACGAUCGAUAAGACUACAAGCUCCCCAGCAGACUGGAGAAUCUCCAACUAAGACCAGUCCUUCUGUACUGAUGUCAAAGAUGGAUUCAAUAAAUGUUGAUUCAGAAACUGUUGGCAACCAUGAAAUAUCUCGGAAAACAUCUGAUGGCACCACAGAAAAGGCAAAUAAACCCAAACCAUUGAUGUCAUUGCAUUGUGAUUCUGUAUUAUUGGAACAUCCAAGUAAUAUAGAAUUUUCGAACACGAGUUCAGUGUUUGGUAGUCCGAGUUCUGUUGCAUCUCUAGAUAAUGGAUAUAAUAGUGGAAAUAAAGGUAAUCCUGCAACUCGAUCAAAACGAAGAAAAUGUAAUAAAACAUUACUUUCUGAUAAUGAAAAUAAAUUAUUCCCUGGAGUAAGUCAAACCCUAGAUGCUUGGGAUCAGGAAGUCGACCCAUAUCCGGAAACAUUUAAAUUUAAUGUUGAUUUAAAAAGACCGCUCAACUUCGGUGAAAAUUCAUCAGGAUUAUCAGAUGUUACUAGAGAUACACAGGCUAGCCAAUUACUGUCCAACAAAGUAAAACAACCCACAAAAAGAGUUCCCUCAGAGAAAAAGAUGUCCGAAGAAAAAAAUCAGAGACCAGAACAAAGCAAGUUAAAUACAGAAUUUUUAGGUCGGUUACUAAGACAUGCUGAAUCGAGUAAUAAACGUAAAGAUAAAAGUAAUAGGGAUAUACAUGGAGGAAGGUCUGAAACGAAACAAGAAUUGAAAUACGAAGAAGAGCCUGUUGAUGAGUGGCAAACAGUACCGAUCAGUAAAAAGAACAAAAAAAGCAAGCAAGAUUCUCCAAAGGCACCAACUGCAACAACCAGUAAGAAGAUACCAGGCCUACAUUCAAAAAACGACGGCCAGAGUACCUUUGAAAAUUUAGUUCGUAUUCUAUCUGUGAGGAUUCCUAACGUAACAAGGCCAGAUAUUUUAUAUGUGUUCAGUGAAAUUCGUAAAAAGAGAGGCACGUUAAAAGGAAUGCCACUUCAAGAUAUUGUCAAGGAAGGAAGAUCUAUUCUGGAUAGAAAAACAGAAAAAGAAUCUCUUAGUGGUGUGGUGAAUGCAUAUAAUAAUGGAGGACAAAAAUCUGCUCUACCACCAAGAUUCAAAAGAUUAUUGAAAAAAAAUUCUUCAGAGUUACCAGUUGUAUCGGUUAAUGAAGAAGGUGAACUUUGUGUUAUAUGUUGUGAUGAGUUAAUCAUGGAAAAAACAAAAAUCUUAGAUUGUGGUCAUGAAUUUCAUAGUAUGUGUAUUAGCGAAUGGGUUUACAAACAUGAAAGAACCUGUCCUACUUGUCGUCAGAUAGCUUUAUUUCCAGAAGAAUUUCCACAUCUUCAAAAAUCUUCACAUAAAUAGUGCUGUAAAUAGUUGUGUAUAUAGUUGAUCAAGUAGGCUACAAUGUCUAUAGCUAAGAUGUACAUAUUGUAUCAUCUAUUUUAUUAUUUUUUUCCUGUUUCAAUCAAAAAAUACUUUGAGAAUUCCAGUCUUAAAAUCAUGUGCUAUUUUAUUUUAUUUUUUU